CACUAUAUCCCGGCACCUGUUUCUAUGGCAGCAUGGUUUGUUAAAAUACCCAACAUUUUUCAUUAAAUCAGUAGUCAUCUCAUUUGUGAGUUAAAGCUUAAGGUGUAGUUACGAAAUGUCGUUCGCUAGUUGGAUUGUGUUGAUAAAGAGCGCAGAAAAAACUUCCGCAGUUCAAGGAAACAUACGUAAGGUUCACUAUCGCUUCUUAGAUGGCCGGGAGAUGGUCGAAGAGUAUAGCAUGGAUACCGGAGUAAUUUUAAGGCGUGCCUGGAAAACAAAAUCGGAACUGAUGAGAAAGGAUGAGUGGCAGAUCGAGUUGGGUGAUCCAAUACCAGUUGGGCUGAAAGAGAACGAGCUUGUUGUUAAAGAAUCGUCUAGCGAGCCUAUAUUAUCCAAAAGAUUAACACGGAAUGCAAUUGAAUGGAGAAUUCGGAAUCUUCCAUAUCCAUUGAGUACGUACAGUAUUACUUGCGACCUGAAUGAAAAAACUAUAACUGUACGCACAUCGAAUAAGAAAUAUUUUAAAAAGAUACUCGUACCGGAAUUUCAACGAUGCAAUUAUGCUCCACAACAGGAAGAAAUCACUACAAAACAUCAGAAUAGCACCCUGAUCAUUUUGUAUAAAAAACCAAAAAUAUUAUUAGAAAUGGAGAAAGCAGUGCUCGAGGAGCUGCAAUCCGUGGAUACUAUGGAGUACGACAAUUUCCGCUGUGAAGAACUUCUUGCCGAUUUAAUGACCGAAUGAAUGUUAACCUAAAAUAUUCUAAACAUAAUUUUUGCAUUAUGCAGAGAUAGU